AUGGCUUCAUCACACGAUGGGCGUUCUGCGAGGCAAUCAAAACGUCUCUCCGUCACUGCGCUUUAUCUGUCCAUGUCUAACAAGGAGAGAGAUUUUGAAAUCGAAGACGAGCUUGCACGAGCUCAGAAGAAUCUGCGUGAGCUCAAAUCGAAGAUCUCCUCGCAGUCAAAGAAGAAUUUUGUGCUCGAGAAAGACGUUCGUUACCUCGAUUCACGCAUUGCACUACUCAUCCAAAAUCGCAUGGCACUGGAAGAGCAAAAUGAAGUGGCAAAUCACCUCGACGAAGUCGAAAUUCAGGAAGGCGACUUCCCGAACGAUGAUAAAACUCAAAAAUACGGAAAUCUUUUCUUCCUACUCCAAUCUGAGCCUAGACACAUUGCUCAUCUGUGUCGGCUAGUGACCAUGGCAGAGAUUGAUUCUCUUCUACAAACGGUCAUGUUCACCAUCUACGGAAAUCAGUAUGAGAGCCGUGAAGAACACCUUCUUUUGACCAUGUUCCAAUCUGUGCUCACCUACCAAUUUGACAACACUCCCGACUACUCUUCCCUACUCCGCGCGAACACGCCCGUAUCCCGCAUGAUGACAACAUACACGCGACGAGGCCCUGGUCAAAGUUACCUCAAGGUUGUACUGGCGAAUAGGAUAAACACAUUGAUCGAAAUGAAGGACAUGGAUUUAGAGAUUAAUCCUCUCAAAGUCUACGAGCGCAUGAUUGAGAAGAUUGAGUCGAGCGGGGGAACGUUACCCCCCGACAUGCCAAAGAGUGUUACCGCCGAGCAAGCGGCUGCGAAUGAGCAGGUCCAGAAGCUCAUCGAACCUCGCCUGUCUACGCUAAUGGAGAUUGCCAAUGGAUUUUUGACCACCAUUAUCGAUGGCCUAGAAGAGACUCCGUACGGCAUUCGAUGGAUUUGCAAACAGAUUCGGAGUCUGUCCAAGAGGAAAUAUCCUGAAGCCCAGGAUCAGGUCAUCUGUACUCUCAUUGGAGGUUUCUUUUUCCUCAGGUUCAUUAAUCCAGCUAUUGUCACGCCCCGCUCAUACAUGCUGAUCGAUGGCAACCCUGCUGAGCAUCCGAGACGAGCACUGACAUUGAUUGCCAAAAUGCUUCAGAAUAUCGCAAAUAAGCCGUCGUAUGCAAAGGAACCAUACAUGGCAAAAUUACAGCCCUUUAUCCACCAGAACAAGGAGCGCGUCAACAAGUUCCUGCUGGACUUGUGCGAGGUGCAAGACUUUUAUGAGAGUCUAGAGAUGGACAACUAUGUUGCCUUGUCAAAGAAGGAUCUCGAGUUGUCUAUUACGCUGAACGAAGUAUAUUCUACGCACGCGCUCUUGGAGAAGCACAGCACAGAAUUGGCCAAGGACGAGAGCUCACACCUGUACACUUUACUGAAAGAGCUUGGAUCGGCGCCUCCACAGCUCCCUCGCAAAGAAAAUCGUGCAAUCAAUUUGCCGCUCUUCAGUCGGUGGGAGACUGCGGUGGACGACUUGACGGCAGCUUUGGAUAUUACUCAGGAAGAAGUGUUCUUUAUGGAAGCCAAGGCCACAUUUGUCAAGAUUAUGCGAUUGUUGCCUCAUAAUUCGGUCGUAAUGCGAAGGCCCCUUCGACUGGAUAGGAUUGCUGAAGCAGCCGCGACAACGAGAAACGACUCGAUGAUGGUUCGAAAGGGCAUCCGGUGCAUGGAAUUGCUCAGUCAAUUACAAGAACUCGGAGUCGUCGACAAGUCCGAUGGGUUCGGACUUUUGCGUGAGGAAAUUGAGCAGGAAUUGAUGCACCUUGGAUCUCUCAAAGAGAAGGCCCUCCGAGAGACGGUAAAGCUGGACGAGGUGCUUCGAACGAUUCGCGAUCACAAUGGGUAUCUCGUGGGCCAACUCGAAACGUACAAGUCGUAUCUCCACAACGUGCGCAGCCAAUCAGAGGGGAAGCAACGCAAGCAGCAAAAGCAUCAAGUCCUUGGACCUUACAAAUUCACGCACCAGCAGCUUGAAAAGGAGGGAGUCAUCCAAAAGAGCAACGUGCCCGAAAAUCGUCGCGCCAACAUCUUUUUCAACUUUACAAGCCCACUUCCUGGCACAUUCGUCAUCUCGCUUCACUACAAGGGACGUAAUAAGGGCUUGCUUGAACUUGACUUGAAGCUUGAUGAUUUGCUUGAGAUGCAGAAAGCUGGUCAGGAAGAUCUCGACCUGGAGUACGUUCAGAUCAACGUAAACCGGGUUCUUGUCUUACUCAACAAGCGAUUUUCUCGAAAGAAGGGGUGGUAA